CUACUUCCUGCUUUGACAAGGAAGACCAAGAAACUUCGGCUGUUGACUGGAAAGUUGUUCGCCUGCCAAACUCUUUCUCCUCGAAGAAGUGAGCCCAGAGGCAGAGUAAGUGUGUAUUUUCAUGGUUUUAUUAGUCGACUUGUGAAAUGAAAGGAUUUAAACACAUUCUGAACAAGAAGCAGCGAACUUUAGUCAAUGAGCAGUCGCCACUAUUGUAAGAUGUCUUUGAUGGAGCGUGGGGUGGUUCGCCCAAUUACGGCAGUGGCGUGGACCUCCAACUCCAGUACCUGCCCCAAAGAUUACAGCCUGAUCAGCAUCACAGAAGACGGAGCAGCUGCGAACUUUACACGCAGCUUUGGGAUGAAGUCUGGAUAUUACCUCUGUUACAGCAAGGACUUGGCAGGUGGGAUGGUGGUGUCAGAUAUUCAACUUAUUUCAGACAAGGACUCUAUUCCUCAUGGUUUUAGCUAUAUAGCAGAGCACCUUGAACCAAAGACCUCUGUUUCGAAGAAGAAACGUGUGUGUGUGAGCAUCGUCCCAGUGGGCAGUGUGGACACAGCUGUGUUGGAUAUUAAACUGACAGCCAAAAGCAAAAUGAUGCUGCAGCAUCACACAUAUGUUGGAGACAUCCAUGGCUAUGUGUUAUGGUGCAGAAAGGGCUAUUUUUCUAGCCCCAUGCCCCAAGCCAAGCCCCGCAGUGUCAGCCUGGACCUCCGCAGACUCUCAUUGGAGCAACCGUCUGCUCCUCUGCCGCUCAGACCCAGCAACCCUCCUCCUGCACUGCCCCAUAAUAAACUGAGUCAGAGACGCUGCAACCUCCACACCAAGGACAACUUGGACAAACCUGCUGACGGCAGUAUCCAGGGAAUCACAGCUCUAGAUGGAGUUCCCUUCAGCCUUCACCCAAAGUUUGAUAUCCAGGCAAAUGGCACGACUCUUCAGCUGAACUCUCAGUUAAACAACAUUCGCAUAAAGUCUCUCCAAGACAUUGAAAAUGAGUAUAACUACACUUUUGUUGUGGAGGAAUCUGCUGCCAAGAGGACCAGACCAUCAGUGUCGGCAGGAAGCACUCCAUCAGCUCAGUGAUCUUUGAACUUUGACAACAAUAUCGCAUCAUGGUACAGAUGAAGGUGUACAACAUUAGGCUUCAAGUGGAAUUAUAUGGAUUUAUCUUACCGGCGUCAAUUAAAAGGUCAUCUAUGAGCGACUGCCCUCCUACAAGAGACGGGUCAUACUUCUAAGCUUCCCUUCUAUUUCUUUUUAUUUGUCUGUACUCCACUACCAAGUUUUUAUUUGCCAAAGGAAAAGCCUGUUUGAAUGAUACUUGUAAUUAUAUUGUCUUAACAUGUCUUUAGACUGUUCACCUUUUGUAAGACGACAGUCUUAGUCAGGUGUUAAAGGGUUAAAGGCAUAAUGACACUACCAAUCUGUAGGGCAUCUACUACUCAUCUCUAGCAUUAAGUCUACUGCCAGAAAAAUGCUUUAUUAUAUCAUGAAAAUGCACCUGACAUUGAAGACCUGUGCUGCUUGCUUUGUUGUGUAUUACCUGAUAUCCUCGAGUGUUACAUGUCUUUAAUUGUUUAAAUCAUUAAGAUUUUCCUAAGCAGAGCUGUAAUAUUGAUGGAUGAACUUUGUCGCAGAUGUUGAACUGAAGUCCCUUGAUAGACUCAACAGAUCUAAAUGUGGGAUAUGGAGUAUUUCUUGUAUGAAGAGUUGCCUACUAUCAGUUUUGUAAUAUUCCAAAAAGUAAUAUUAUAUCCUAUUUUAAGGUGAAUGGAGAAAGGUUGUAUAUUUUGCUCUGUGUGUUACUUAAAUAAGAUAAUAUGGUAAAAAAAAAAAAAAAAAAAAAAAAAGGGGGAGAGAAUCUGUUUGUUUUUUUAAAGGACCAAGCAUAUUUAUCUUUGUUGUUGUAAAAUAUAUAAAGUUAUGUUGUUUUUAUGGUCUGUAUAUCAAACUGUAAUUGCAUGGAAAAAAUAAAAAAAUAAGAAGCACUA